CUCUUCUUCACCUAAAAAAAACAUCCAAGAAUCUACCAACAAACAAUGGCUUCCCGUCUUCAACAAGUCUCUGCUCACCUUGCCCCCACUGACUCCAUCGCCAACAAGGUCGGUGUCAAGUCUCCUGAGGACGUAGUCAUUGUCUCCGCCCUCCGUUCUGCCAUUACCCGUAGCCGCAAGGGUGGAUUCAAGGACACUCUCCCUGAAGAAAUUCUUGCCGAGGUCUUCAAGGCUGUCAUUGCUGAGACCAAGUUGGACCCCUCCAUUGUCAAUGACAUUGCUGUCGGAACUGUCCUUGCCCAGGGUGGUGCUGCCACCAACGCCCGUAUGGCUGCUCUUUACGCCGGUUUCCCCGAAACUAGCUCUGUCAACACUGUCAACCGUCAGUGCUCUUCUGGUCUCCAGGCCGUUGUUCAGAUUGCCACUGCUAUCCAGGCUGGUUUGAUUGAGGUCGGUAUUGGUGCCGGUUUCGAGUCCAUGACCAAGAACUACGGUCCCCAGUCCAUGUCUCCCACCUCUGACAAGAUUGCUGAGGGCUCUGCUGCUGCUGCUGACUGCUUGUUGCCCAUGGGUAUCACCUCUGAGAACGUUGCUGCCGAGUACGGCGUCACCCGUGCCAAGCAGGAUGCCUUUGCUGCCUCUUCCCACAACAAGGCUGUCGAGGCCCAGAAGGCUGGUUACUUCAAGGCCGAGAUUGUUCCCAUCAAGGCUACUGUCUUGGACAAGGACGGUGUUGAGCACACCGUUGUUGUCGACAGAGAUGAUGGUGUCCGCCCUGGCACCACCCCCGAGACCCUUGGCAAGCUGCGCCCUGCCUUCUCUGAGAACGGCUUCACCACUGCCGGUAACGCCUCCCAGGUUUCCGAUGGUGCCGCCGCCGUCCUGUUGAUGAAGCGCAAGACUGCCCAGAAGUACGGUCUUCCCAUCGUCGGCAAGUACAUCACCUCUGCUGUUGUUGGUGUACCCCCUCGUAUCAUGGGUGUCGGACCCGCCUACGCCAUCCCCGUCGCUGUCGAGAGAGCUGGCCUUAAGUUGUCCGACGUCGAUAUCUUUGAGAUCAACGAGGCCUUUGCCUCCCAGGCUGUCUACUCUGUCGAGAAGUUGGCCAUUCCCAUUGAGAAGGUUAACCCCAAGGGUGGUGCAAUUGCCUUUGGUCACCCUCUCGGCUGCACUGGUGCCCGCCAGAUCGCCACUCUUCUCCCCGAAUUGAAGCGUCAGGGUAAGAAGGUCGGUGUCACCUCCAUGUGCAUCGGUACUGGUAUGGGUAUGGCCGCUGUCUUUGAGAGCGAGUAAGCCUACCGAUCAAACAAACAAGCAAACAAACAAGCAAAAGCAAAACAAAGAAAAAUUAUAGUCAUUAUUCUUUCCAUAUCUUCUUCUUCUUUCAUCUUUUAAACAAAUAACAACAACCUCUUGUACAUGGUCUCUUUAUUUUAUUUUAUUUUAUAAAUAUAAACAUGAAUUUAUAUAUAUAUAUAUACGUGUAUGUGUGUGUAGGGUAUAUAUAUGAUAAAACCAAUUGGGAGAGGGGCUUUUUUUAUUGUUUGUUAUUAUAUAUAUAAAUAUAUUUAGUCUCCUUAAAUCACAAUUCGACUAGACUGACGUGCUGCAUGGCGUCUUCGCGCAUCUUUCUUACGUCGGCCCAACGUGGUUGAGUUUGAUAAAAGCGAUUCAGUUGCAGAUGCAGGACAAUGCAUCAGAGCAUCCAAUUGCCCUUGAACGACGCGAGAACCAAGCACCUUGACAUCGAUCUGGAGGUAACGAUCAUUGGUUUCACUAGUAAAUGGAGACAAAAGUGACAAGACAGGCGAUUGGCUGAGUGGAACAUUUGGACCAAAACGUGUGAGUGUGUCAGCAUAAAAGUAGACGUGUUUGUGUGGACCAGGCCAAUCCACGUCGACAAAGUGGUCAUCUGAUCGCGUCUGUAGUGCCCAAUCUUCUGCUGUCGGUAAUACAGGCGACACAAUCAUCAAAUCUGUCGUGUCACUAUCACCACCACCACCGCUACCGCUACCGCUACCGCUAUUGAUAAUACUACCACUACUACCACUACCACUGAUAAUACCACCACUACUACUAAUACUACUUGAUGAUGGCGAUGGUGAUGUACUUGUGAGAGCUAGUAAAGGAGCUUGCCCACCAGGAGAUCCACCAACUGUCAAAAGACUGUUGCUAUGAGAUGGAAGACUAAACACAGCAAAUGAAAAGAGCAAAAUC